CUUGGGAAGUACUAGUCGCACAUGGCGCCCUGGUUUUUCUAACCGACAUCGUAUUCGUACAUACGCUCUACUCGGACCACCACCUGACAUCGGUUUGAGAAUUUGGACGCAUAGAUAUGAAGCAGAAGUACCAGGAUUAGAUGCGAGUGAUCUGUCUCCACCACAUUUCGGUCUGACCACACUAAGGGGGAAGUUGUCAUAAUUUGCCCUGCAGGUCGUACCACGCGCUGACUCCUCAAGUACUAAUGCGCGCACUCAGCGUUCCCCUUCCCUUCCGCAAGCUCAACAUCUGAUACACCCAAGCAGAAUACGAUCACGACUUCCAUUCGCCUUCAUCUUCGUCUAGAUAGUUUUAUUCAUGUUCUUGUUGUAGUAGACGUAGAGGUAGAAUCCAUCUCUGUGCAUAUAUAUUUAUUGUAUUCGUAUUGAGCUACACAACCGACAGCACAGAAACUGAAAAGGAUACAAAAUGCCCCUGAAGAGAAUCCGUUAGAAAGAAUAUAUAGAUACAAUUGGAGGGAUAUUCUUGUACUAUUGACAGUAGGAUCUACGUAUGCUCCCGUAAGCAGGGAAUCUCACGAGUAAGCAGAGAAUCAGCGUAUGCUUACGAGUUUUGCUACAGAUCGAGAAUGUCAGACUCAAACGAGAACGUUCAGCAUGAACCCGAUUCCCGGGUUAUAGGCACGAGCGGGUUGAUUUCCUCCAAGCCAGAAGCGGAUCCGAAC